AAAACAGUUUACUCAGUCUGGCAGCUGAAAACCGCGUAGGCUAUCUUAGAAAUCACGUGGUAAACACACUCACUUCCCUGUAGCAGCACUGCUGGAUUUUAGAGGUAGGGAUUUCUGGACCUGGUGAAGAGCCGAGAGUUGAAUAAUGGAGCAUAUGAAAUGUUCUACUGGACACGGUGGUUUGAUCAGAAGAGUUAUGAGUUCAACGUCUGUGCUGGUUCUGUUAAUGGUGGCGUCCACGGUCAUAGUGUGCCAACUGAGAGUCAACUCGCUUCAGCCGAAACUUCAGGAGAUAGAGGAACUCAUACGGGAAAACAAGCUCGCAGGUGAAGCGGCGCAUGCGCGUCGUGAGCGCCGUGGCGCAACUGACGUCAUAGAAGAGUUUAGUCCUCCGUUUGACGGUGGUCUGCAGGGCGGAGCCGUGUUCACACACUGGGGCAGGGAGGCAUGCGCAGAACAGCUGGAGACGGUCUAUGCCGGAAAGGUGGGCGGUUCGGACCACAACAAGCAUGGCGGAGGGUCCAAUUACAUCUGCGUGCCGACCUUGAACGUGACGUGGGACAAGUACGUUGAUGGGCCGAACAGUAAAACCUUCCUGUACGGAGCGGAGUUUGAGAACCCCGGGACUGGCUUCUUCUCCACCGAAAAUGCGCAGGCUAUAGAGUCGCUUCAAGACUACGACGUGCCGUGUGCAGUUUGCCGCGUCCCGACCCAUCGAUCUGUCCUGACAAUCCCGGCCUGGACCAGCUGCCCUAGCGGCUGGACACGGCAGUACAGGGGCUAUCUCAUGACGGGCCACGAGAGCCACAAGGGUCGGAACAAGUUUGAGUGUGUUGACAGCGCUCCGGAUAUAUUCAAGGGGACGUACGAAAACAAGAACGGCGCGCUGUUCUAUCUGGUGGAGGCGGUCUGCGGUUCCCUUCCGUGCGGCCCGUACAUCGCCAAUCGCCAGAUAACUUGCGUCGUUUGUUCGAUUUAGAACGAGGAAAAUUGAGCUGUCGUUAUGAAACUGUACACGAGAUACAUUUGACGCCAGCCACUUAUCGCUAGAUACUUUCGACGCAAUCCGGCAAAUAUAACCCGUGUUGUUUGUUAUAGAAGCUAGUACUUACGGAAACUGUACACUAGAUUAUGUAGUACGUAGAUAUGCUUAACGCAGGCCAGUUGCUCAUAAGUGUGAGCUUUUCGGCACGAUGUGCUAACGAUAAACUGCCAUUUCAAUGUAUUUCAAGCUUAAGACUUGGAUAGUAUUGCCGCAUGUUGUGAAAAAAUGAACGCGGAUGGAUACAAUGUAAAAUAUUUACUAUGAUGCUGUAAUGUAAUAUUGAAGAGGUCAACUGAAGUUGGGAGUCAGGCUAGAUCAUGAAGUGACGGGCGGACGGACAGAUGUGACCUAUCUUUUAAUUUCCGAGACUAUAUACACUAUUCUGACCAUGUUCA